GGCCGUGUCACAAUGGGCAGCAUAGUCAGCAGGGGCCAUGUCACCACGAUGUCACAAUGGGUCUGUGACACACAGGGGUAUAAAAGGAGCUGCAGGGCGGUGGGUCUCACACCCUGGAGAAGUGUCCAGAGGACGAACAGAGAUGAGUUCUGACAAGACUGUGCCCGCUAAGGAGCAACCCGUCCGCGUGAGGCAGAGAAAGAUAGACUUCUGGGAUGGGACGGAGCACACCUUCAUCAUGCCCAGCAUCACCGAUGAAGAGAGAACAGCCAUCUGGGAUGCGGUGGCCAACUAUAUCCAAGAACAACUGCUGCUGCAGAAGGGGGUCCGAAUUGCCACCCUUGGCUCCUUUCAUGUGGUCCCCACAUGGAUCCGGGUUGGGGACGAGGUGGUGAUUAUCCAGAGGCCCGUGUUUCGGCUGGCCAGGAACCUUGUGGUUGUCCACAACCUCAGGGACAACAAGGACUACCUGCCUGACAAUAAGGAGCUGGAGGCCCUCAAAUAUGCCAAGGUGGCCGAUGCCGCCUCGGUGUCCCGGCAGAAGGUGGAGAACUGUGUCCAAGGCACCAUGUCCCUCCUCUCUUACUGCCUGUGGAAGGGGGAGAACGUCGCCCUUUUCCUGAAGGACAUGGGGGUGCUCCUCAUUGAAGGCACGAGGGUACAAAUGAAGUAUUACUAUGAAUUCCUGGAGAAGACCUCUGGGAAGAAAAGUUUGGAGAAAGCUGUUUUUAAGGUCCCUUGGCUGCUGGACAUGGUGGUGUCCCCGCUGGUGCCCGUGGCCUCGCUGACGUUUUCUGGCCGCAUCAUCCUCUUUCCCGAGUUUGAAAUGCAGGACGUGCCCAAACCACCACCCAGGGUUCUCAAGAUCUCGAGCCAAGGCCCUGGUGAGGACAAAGGGAUGAGAAGAAUGAAGUUGCCACCUCUUGGGCAAGCGGGACCUUCUGGUUUUCGGUUUCCUGCUCCUCCAAACUCGAUGAACAAUGAAACACCGCUGUUCUGGCAAAUCACGGUGCCGAAGAAGAGGAAAAAAUCUCGGGUCAGACGGCAGCCGGUGAGCCUGGAGAACUCCUCGGGAAAAAAACGGGCAGUGAACAGCCAAUCCAAGAGCCGAUGCAAAUCCAGAGGUCCAACAUCAGCAAAACCUCGGAGGGACGAAGGAGCAGGAGGACGAGGAGGAGGAGCAGGAGGACGAGGAGGAGGAGCAGGAGGACGAGGAGGAGAAGGAGAAGGAGGAGCAGAGAGAGUGGUGGAAAAAUUCCUCACUGACAUCGCCACGCUGAAGGCGGCGAAAGCCAAACCCAAAUAUUCUUGGGAAUCCUCGACCUUCCUGACGCCCAUCAUAGCCAUCUUAUCGGCAACGAGCUCCGAGACCAGCUUGCAUGAGGAACCCACCUCCAAGGUCCUCCUACGGCCGCCUCCGAGACCGAAGUGACCGAAAAGCUGAUGUUCAGCCCCCAAAAUAAAUUUGUCGAGGCCCCAGUUGGAGCGUUUGGGAGAGAGAUAAAUGGUGAAAACGUAGAGAAAUGGCCAAAAAAGCGGCGAAUUUCAGAAACUG